UUGCGGGCGAGGAGAGAGGAGGGGACGGGUGGAAGGAAGGGACUUGGCUCUUGCACGCGCCGAGGUUACGCCUUCCCUUUCCCCGCCCCCUCCGGUCCCUCAGACCGACUUUUUUCCUCGGGUGUGUGUGUGUUUUUUUCCCGCCCUUUCUUCUCCUUCUGGAAUUUUCCUCUGCUUUUUGGGUAAACCAGCUUGGUUCGCUCAGCGACUCAGCCCGUUUUUAUUUCAUUUUCGUGUCUGUGUGUGUCGCCUUUCUCCGGCGCCUCUGCUUCCCCCCACCCCUCCCUUUCUUCUCUCCCUCGGGAAGAGCCCUCACGAUGCGCGCGACCGAGACGGGGGCGGGGACGGCGGGGACGGCCGCCGCGAGCUCGGGGAAAGCGCCGUCGACCACGCCGACCGACGGGGAUGGCCGCUUCAGCGUCCUCAGCUGGGAGCAGGUGCAGCGGCUGGACCACAUCCUGGAGGAGGCCGUCCCCAUCCACGGCCGCGGCAACUUCCCCACCUUGUCGGUGCGGCCCCGCAGGAUCGUGCAGGUGGUCCGUAGUCGUCUAGAAAAGCAGGGCAUCACUGUCCACAAUGUGAGGUUGAAUGGCUCAGCAGCUAGCCAUGUGUUACAUCAGGACAGCGGUCUGGGGUAUAAAGAUCUGGAUCUCAUUUUUGGUGUUGAUCUGAAAAGCGAGGAUAUUUUCCAGCUGGUAAAAGAUGUAGUGAUGGAUUGUCUCCUGGAUUUCCUCCCAGAAGGAGUAAACAAAGAUAAGAUCACUCCCAUGACUCUGAAGGAGGCCUAUGUACAGAAGUUGGUGAAAGUGUGCAAUGAAACUGACCGCUGGAGCCUUAUAUCACUGUCAAACAACAGUGGGAAGAAUGUGGAACUCAAGUUUGUAGACUCUCUCCGGAGGCAGUUUGAGUUCAGCGUUGAUUCUUUCCAGAUAAUAUUAGACUCACUAUUGCUCUUUGGAGAGUGCUCAGAGAACCCAAUGUCUGCAAACUUCCACCCUACUGUCACUGGGGAGAGUAUGUAUGGGGACUUUGAGGAGGCGAUUGAUCAUCUGAGGAACCGAAUCAUAGCUACUAGGAAUCCAGAGGAAAUCAGAGGCGGUGGGCUUCUGAAGUACUGCAACCUCCUUGUGAGGGGAUUUAAACCUAAAUCAGAAGUUGACAUGAAAGCCCUGCAGAGGUACAUGUGUUCCAGGUUUUUUAUAGACUUUCCUGACAUUGGGGAGCAGCAACGAAAGCUGGAGUCUUACCUCCAAAGUCACUUUGUAGGGAUGGAAAGCAAAAGGUAUGAUUGCCUGAUGACCUUACACAGAGUGGUAAAUGAGAGUACAGUGUGCCUGAUGGGACAUGAAAGACGACAGACGCUGAACCUCAUUGCCAUGCUGGCCCUGAGGGUCCUGGCUGAGCGGAACAUAAUUCCAACUGUCACAAAUGUGACUUGUUAUUAUCAGCCAGCACCAUACAUCAGUGAAAUAAACGUCAACUACUAUGUAACCCACAUGCAACCUCUUCUGCCUUGCAGUCACUCCUACCCAACUUGGCUCCCCUGCAACUGAAUACUGAAAAAAGCUCCAGUCUUUGUCUUCUCAAGGAGCGGAGGCUGUGUGUUCAGAAGAAAAGGAAAAAAAAAUAGGUCUCUUGCUCUGAGUAUCUUGCUCCUACAUUGGAACUUAGUCUGCUUAAUUGUGGGAAGUUGUGCAGUGAUAUGUCUAGUUACCCAAGAUGUUUACAGGAAGAAAAUGCUUGAGUUAAUGUGUAAGGUGGGUGAAAAGGAUUAGGUUAAAAGCAGAGCUGCACUACCUUGAAUGCAAGCUGAUUUUUUUUCUUUUUUCUUUUUUAGUGCAAGAAGCAUUAAGGGCUGGGCAGACUCUUUUUUUCUGAACAUAUUUCAGAGUGGUUAAUUCCUUUUAAGGGACCAAAGAAAUUCUAUACAAGUGCCUGCAACCAAAAGGAAAUACUGUAAUUUUUUUUUUGUAGUGGCAGAAAUCCAUAUUGACAACUGAGUUAUGGAUGUUUGCCAUGAAUUUUUGGUUUUAGGAUCACACAUUAUUUCUGUCAAGGGAACUGAAGUGGGCAGAGGCUUUCCAGAGCAACCACUGCAUCAUGGCUUGUUGUCUGAUGGACCAGCAGCACUGAUUAACAGUUGGAGCAGAGCUAGGAUGGGAAACUUAAUGGGGUUCAAUUCAUAAUGAUAGAAGAACGAGAUGGAUUGUAUGCCCUCAUUGUGAAGACUACAAGAGGAAAUAGAAACUAUCCUGAGUUGUUAUUCAACUUAUGUGCAGUGCCAAAACCCUUAUAUGUUAAUUCCUCUUAAGGAAAGUCUAUAGAUCAGUAUUUCGCUAUGCCAAUCAAUACAUGGGAGCAGCAGUAGUUCCCAGGCCUAAUGGCCUCCAGAGCUGUCAAUAGAGUAAAAAUGAGCUGGACUAAAAACAUAAAAAGGCACAGGCAUAGCCCUUUGUUCUUGUUAACAGAGAGAGCUAAAGUUAGGCCUUGGCCCAGGAGCCCCCAGCUUUCUGUCUAAGAAUAGCCCACUAUAAUAUCUUGAGAACUGUGCUUCUCUUCCUGUUGGGUGACUGUGACCACCUGCUUGACUCCAUGUUAGAUUAAGAAAACAUUUUAAUAGUGCUUGCUAGGGCUGUGCAAAACUUCAUAGUCUUAAUUUGACAAAGUAUCAAUGAUGUAUUGAAUAAAGUCAUCAAAUUGAAGACUAGGUUUGAUGCAUAGAAUCAGAUGAAGUGAUCCAAUUUAGAUAACUUUUGUUUGAAUUGAGCUUUUGAAUUGAAUUAACCCAAUUCAUACAUUUGGAUUGACAGUUCAAAUCUGAUUUUU